AUGAACGAGCUAAGUGAAUAUCCCAAUAUUUAAUUUGAUAAUAGUCUUUACAAUUCACUCAAAACCAAGGAUAGCAGACUGAUACUCAGAUAAAUGAGAUCAGCUAUUGAGGAAUUUAAUCACAGUAAGCAUUUUGAUAGUGAAACUUUUACCAUCCUCUAUUAUGGUGUGCAAUAGAUCCAAAAGGACGAUAUCUUAGAGUUUCUAGAGAAGGAAGUUCUAAAGAGACAGGAUGCCUUGGAGUUUGAGAUUUUACAGAUGAAGUUUUUAUAGGCAACUCUGGAUGAUUAAAACAAAAACAGGAAGGAGAAUUUGUAUUAAUUAUAGAAGGAAACAUUAACAUCAUUUGGACAAUAUGAUAAACAUGGCUAGAUGGGAAUAGAAACAAUACUAUAAUUUUAUAAAACAAAAAUAAAGGAGAACGAUGUUAAACAAUGUUUACAAAAUUAAGCUAGGAAAAUCAUAAGAAAAGAGAAUCUUCAUAAUUACAUUAAAAAUAGGUUGAUUCAAAUUGUAUUCAAUUCAGAAGAUUGUGAUCAAUAAAUUUCAGAUUUACUAAUAUAUUGUGAAAACACUGCAUUUGUUACCCAAUUCAUUACCAUUUUAGCCUAACACAGUUUGGAAAUCUUAUAAAAUGAGAGCAAUUCAUUAAAACAAGUAUCUAAAGUAUUUGAAAGAGUAAGUGCUCAAUUGCCAAAUUUAUUUAAUUAAAAUUUGCCUGUUUUCUUGCAAUUUUACGAUAGCGAAUGCUACUGUCUUAGAAAUGCCAUUAAUACAAUAAUCACAAAUAUUCUAACUGAGCAUUUGAAUCCAUCGAAAGUGGAGUAGGAUGUAGAAAUGAAAGAAAACCAAUUAAAUCAAAGACUAUUCCUCAUUUAGAAAUUGGCAUCAAGAAUUAUUGAUAAAAAUGCAUAUGCUAGAGUUCACACUUUAAAGAUGUUAAGAGUUGUAUGCUCAUAGAAUCUUAUACCUCCAAGUGUAUAACUUAUGAUGUUCCCAUUGGUAAUCGCAAGAGUGUAAGAUGUCUCUUCGAUGGUGAGAAAGGCAGCCUUGGCAUUUGUUAAAUAAAUAACAAAAUUUAUGAAAAACCUAUUUGUUGAUGGGUUAUAAAUGUAAAAUUUCAUGAAGAUCACUGAAAUCAAGGAGUAAAAUGAAUAUUUGGGAACUGAAAUUCAUAAGACUUUAAUAGCCAUCGAUUAGAUAUUAGAAGACAAAGGUAAUGCACAGACCGAAGCAGAAUUCAAAGAAUUAGAAGAUGAAGAGAAUCUAGUUGUCUCUAAUUUGAGAGAGAAGAAGAAAUUGCAAUCUGUGUUCAUUCAAUAUCAAGAGUUUAUGGAGCUCUUACAAAAGUUAUUGCCAAACAUUGAAUUACUAUUAAAUAGCAAAUGCAUCACUGACAUUUAUAAAGCUAUCUCUCUCAUUAGUUUUUUAUUUAAAUAGAAAAUAGAAAAUACUGAUGUUGGCAUCAUGAAGAUGUUGAUUCACUCUAAUAACCCCUAAAUAGUCAAUAAAUUGUCUAAAAAGUUCCAUAUGCUAUUUAUAGAAAACGAUAAUGAUUAAGUUCCAAUUAAUAAUUUGAUUCAUUUAUUAAAAAUUUCAUCGCCAAAAGAAUAAAUUUACCUUGAAGAACUCAUUCGAUAUAUGAUCAAAUAGAAAAUGAUACAAGAAACUACGAUUGAAAUCGUAUGGACUAAUUUUAUGAGGAACUACACUAUUAAUCAACAUGAAUAAUUAAAUUAGUAUUCUAAACUAGUAAGAGUUAUGUUUGGGUAGCAAUCUAAUCUUUUAACAAGAAUGAAAUUAGAUCAAAUAAGUAAAAUAAUUGAUGGAUAGAAAAAAGAAAUCAAUUGGAUCACAGUUGUAGAAUUGGCGAAAUUAAUUUAGUAUUUAGAAGACAAAGUACUUGUUAAGAAAUAUUUCUAACAAUUUUCCUUAAUUUUAUAUUUCUAUUUUGGAACACCCAACAAUUUGUGGUUUGUUGCUUGCUAAGAGAUUCUAAAUUUGAUUUAAUUUUUACCUGUUCCAGAGAGUAUCUAUGAUUACAUAAUUAAAAAGUUUAGUUACAAAGUCUUUUCUAUGGGAAUGACUCCUAAAAGAAGCACUCAAGACUUUCUCGAAGAGGAAUCCACUUUAGUAUUUAAUAAUUAAUGUAUACAACUCAGUUAAUUGUUAUUUAUUGUUGGUUAAUCAGCUCUGGCUAUCAUUCUUCAUAUUGACGAAAUUGAGAAUCAAUUAACUCAUUUAAGAAAUGUAGAGGAAGCCAAAGAAAAUGAAUUGGAUAAAAUCUAAGGGGGUUGCGAAGAAGAAUACGAAUAUAAUUGCGUAUAUUUAUAGACUUUAUGCAAAUAAAGUGUGAUUUAAAAAGGAUUCUAUUAAAAUUAUGCUCCAAUAGUCUUGGAGAUAUUGGCUGAAAUUGAAGAAGAGAAUGUACAGUUGACAAUAUUACAUAAAUCAGCAGGUCUAUGUUUGUGUAAAUUCAUGUGUUUAUCUGAAUAAUUUUGUGAAGAACAUAUUGAGAAAGUGUUUCGAUUAAUAUAAAAUCCAAAUUCUGAUGGAAUAUUUAAGAACAAUUUAAUAGUUGCUAUUGGUGAUCUAUUGCACAGAUGGCCAAAUACAGUAACAUCUUAUUGUAGAUAACUUUUUGAUGGGUUAAGCAAUUAGGAUUUUAUUGUAAAAAAGACUUCAUUAAAUAUGCUAUCACAUUUGAUCUUAAAUGAUAUGAUUAAAAUCAAAAGAGAAAUUACUGAUAUAGCCAUGUUAUUGACUGACCCUGAUGAAAACAUUUAAUAAUCAGCAAAAAGAUUCUUUUUCCAAAUAUAGAAGAAGGAUUCAAGAAGAAUACUCAACAGUUUACCUGACAUCAUAUUUACUAUGUCCAACGAGGAAAGUCAUGAUAAAUAUAAAACGUUUCUCAUGAAUACUUUGAAAUACUUAGAUAAAUAGACUGAAUAAUUGGUUGAGAAAUUGUUGAGAAGGUUAAAAGAAAAUAUCAAUGAUUUUGAAGUUUAAAACAUUGUUUUUACAUUAUCGAAACUCUAAAUGAAGGAAUCCUUAGCAAGAAAGUUUUAUGAAUGUUAUCCAUAUUAUUAAGAAAGAUUAGAAAAUCCAUAGAUUAAAGAGUACUUCUAAGUGAUAAUCUAAAAAUUAAUGAAAUGUGGGUUAAAUUAAGAAAACAAAUAAAUAUUACUGGAAUUCGAGGAGCUGCUUAAUCGAGGUGAGACCAAACGCAGAGUAUUAGGAUCCAAGAAUAAAUCAUAAAAGUCAACUAGGUCUCAUACAAAUUCACAAAGAUCAAUUGGAUAUACUAAUAUCUUAGAUUAGCUAUAUACUUAAUCUACUGAAUUUUGA